GAGACCAGAGAGCCCCCAAAACAAACGUGACCUUUGAGAAUUUUGUCCGGCGAAAGAAAAUGGCGGGGUUAGGGUUACGGUUGAAGGCGGCGAAAUGGACGUUGAGGAGCGGAGCAGCUGCUGUAUCGAGGGAAAUGGGAAAGGGUGUUCGUAGAUUCUCUUCUGAAGUUGAAAACGAUGUUCCAACUUCAGGAAUCAGUAGACCACUCGCUGAGAUUCUCAAGGAGCUUAACAAAAAGGUUCCAGAUUCAGUCAUCCGAACCAGAGUUGAAGAUGGGUACUCCAUGAAAUACAUCCCCUGGCACAUUGUUAAUAGGAUCAUGAAUAUGCAUGCUCCAGAAUGGUCAGGAGAAGUUCGAAGUAUCACUUACUCUCCUGAUGGGAAAAAUGUUACUGUGGCUUAUCGUGUGACUCUCUACGGCACUGAUGCUGAGAUAUUUAGGGAAUCAACAGGUACCACUCCUGUAGAUGACAGAGGCUAUGGUGAUGCUGUGCAAAAGGCUGAAGCAAUGGCGUUUCGCCGUGCGUGUGCAAGAUUUGGAUUAGGGCUUCAUCUUUAUCACGAGGAUGUUUUGUAAAGGAAGGGUGUCCUUUUACCCUGGGAAAGUAGAUGUUUUUUUGGUGUUCCCACUGCCUAGUAGUGUAGUUGCUGGGGAUAUUAUAACUCAGGGAAUCAUUAAUUAGUUUUGGUAUGUAAGAUCUGUAUUUACUGAUAUUGAUCGUUUUAGGAUUUGAGAUCGGAUAAUGAAAUGAGCCUCUGAAGUCUCUUUCUUUGUUGCA